AUGUCGGCCUGGUUGGCCCGACUGGCUGUGGGCUCAUCGUCGAGCUCGUCCUCGCGUCGAGUCAGUCAGUCCGGUCCAACGGCGACCUCAACAUCGGCGCCGGCAGCUGGCUCGUCGUCGCGUUUGGGCGGUGGGGCCGCUGCUGCUGGCACUGGCACUGGCACUGGCACUGGCACUGGCAACGGCACUGGCAACGGCACCCGUGCGACCGAGGAACAAGCGUUGGCUUUGUUCGUUCGUACGUGGGAGUCGAUCAAGGUCAGUAAUACCCUACCCGGCUCAUGCUGGUAUAGUGGUGCGGACGUCAUGGCCCGCGUGUCUUGCGCUCCUCUCCCCCCUCUGACACGUGACCGGCCGCUGACCCGACCUCCGGACCGAUGCACAGGCCUCCCUCGGCCUACCGCCGGCCCAGCGUGCGUCCACGCUCUGCAAUGACCUCAUCUACGCCCUUGACCACCUCCUCCACCUCCUCAAAUCCGAACAAACGCUCCUCCAAUCGUCAACGCGCACGGGCGAUCCCCCCGCGCUGGGCCCAUGCCUCGAACACCUGUUGAAGCAUGCGAUCCUCGCUUCCCUCGUCAAGCUCGUCCUGGAUGGGCAACAGCCUCGUGUGGUUAGGACUCGAUUCAUCGAAUGGGUCAACAGGGUAAUCCAUCAGCUGGAGGAAGGGUUCCUCAUCCAUGGCGCAGUCAACAAGCCGCUGUGAGUCGGGCCUCGGCUAUCGUUGGGCCUCGUUCCCGGCCCGGGAAGGAAACCUCCUCGCUGACACGGCAGGGCCCAUGCAGACUCAAGCUACUACGGACUUGCGUCGACUCGGAUGGAGGACUGCAUCGCGAUGAAGAGCUCGCGGUCGUGCAAGUCAUGGCUAGCAUUUGCGAGAGGAUACGGGCGGUAGGUCAUUCGCUCCGCUUUCAGCGCCCCGCUGGCCACGCUGACGAGUCGGAGCGGUUUGCUACAGUAUCCACAACUGCUGGCCAUCUUUCUUCGUGAAAAGGUACCGUCCAACAUCCGCCGAGGCUCGGCAUCCCACCAAUAUCCCCGCUCGCUCGCCUCCAUCACCGUCACCGCCGAAGAUUCUUCCUCCCCUCGGCCCGUUUCGCCCACCCCCUCCACCUCAACCCUCGGUUCCGUCACCUCGCCAUCCCUGUCCCAAGUCUCGUCCUCGGGACUGCGUACGACAAGAGAGCACGACUUUCUCCUCUUUGCCUACCUGCUCCGAUUCGUGCAUCGUGAAGGCCAACUCGGCGAUCAAGCUCGGCUCGGUUUGCUCCAACUGGUCGAAGUCGCGAUCGAACCGCUCUCGACCAUGCAUGGCAACUCGGGUAUUCGUCGCUCCGAUACUAUGGGGACGCCGACGCCCGAGCUGUACGCCUCAUCGUCUUCGAAGCAACCCUGGUCGACGCCGAUUUCGAUGUCCGCUAUCGAGGCUCGGCUCGCUUUUGCCGAAUUUUUACUCGACUCUGACUUCGCUGAUGUUUUGGGUGCCGGUUUGGGAGCGUUGUACGGUCUUCUUCCGAGCAAGCUUAUUGUUCGUUCGAGGGAAACGACCGGACCAAGCACUGCCUCAGUCGAAGCUAUGAGUUCGGGCGGCGUGGGUGGUGGUGGUGGCGUUCUUGGAGGUAUGGGUUCAUUGAUAGAGGAUGAAGACGAGGAAGCCUUGCAGCGACGGAGAGAAGAAGAGGACGCGAGAUUACUGAGUCUCGGUUUCGGUCUGACGGGGACGGACGACUUUCGACAAAACUUUGAUGGGUUCCUCAAACCUUUCGAGUUCAUCCAAGAAGUCGUGCAAAAAGUCGACGCUGCGAUACAGGCGACCAAACUCACCCACCUCCAUGACGAAGAGCUGGACGAUCCGAUGGCGAGGCAACACCGACUCGUCAUUUCGGCGCUUCCUUCGACGAUCUUGUCUUCGCUUAGGACGUCGUUCCUCCAGAGCGUGCUGUACCCUUCCAUUCUCGAAUGCGACGAGACGGAUGGCUCGGCGGUGGCCGUCAUGAGUUACCUCGACGCACUGCUGGACGUGAUCGACGAAGGCACAUCAUUGGAAGCGUGUUUGCUCGGUUUCCUUAUGGGAGAAGAGGACGACGUUGACGCCAAAGUCCGCCAAGAGCGUCGAAGAGGGCUCGAGAUUGAUUCCCCCCUUCUGCAAGGGUCACCAAUGCCGCAUACCCCGGCCGAUGCGUCGUCCAACUUUCUUUCGCCGAAUCGAAUCUCGACCAAAAUGUCCUUGCAGAGGGUCAAGAGACGCAAGUCGAACGCUUUGAUUCUGCUCGAGAAGAGUACGGAGAAGGGUUCGGCGGCACACGCUUCCUACUUUACUUCGUACGGCCGCUUCACGCUCAAGGACAUGUUGGUCGCCAAUUUGCAUUCGACGAGUCAACCGACUUCGACUGCGGCGUUGAAGUUGUUGCAAACGAUGUUGAAACGACAUGAUCGGUGGAGUAUUGGUUUGUUGGAUGUCGUGCUGGACGAUGCGGCGACGAGCUUCCCUGUCGUUGUGCGACGGGAGGCUCAAGAAGAGGUCGACCUCGAGGACGACGAGUUGGACGUCGAGGAGUUUGUGUAUCCUACGAUGGAUGACUCUUCAUUGACGUUUGGCGCACCACGAACACUCGGUCGACCGAUGGCUCGGAUGCUACUUGGGCCGCCCCUUCCUCCGACGCCUUCGAUCCAAUCGCACACCGACAUCGUCGAUACGCUUCUCGGUCUCGUAGGCUCGAUUGAUCCUGCCUAUCGCAGUGCACGUGCCGUCGGAGGAGGGUCAGAGAUGAUCAGCGCGGGCUAUGCGAACUAUCUCCGAGAUGCGGAAGCAGCCCUUGCAGGCGACCUGGCGUUCAAGCGAGGUUUGUCAGCCCGUAACGAGGCAGAGCACGCACCGCCCGUGAAGACCUCGCCGAUACGAACGCGUUUAACGGGCCUAUUCGGAACCGUACAGUCGGGAGCCUCGUCCCUUACCCCCCGGGAUUUUGCUCGAACAUCAACAAUGUACCGCCAUCGCAUCGACCCGGACUCGUCGGCCGUCGUCGCGCUCGUCCUCGAUUCGCUCACCCACUUUUUCUCCCAUUCACCGGAUUUGAACCUCGCUUUGACGGGGGUCAUUAGCUCGCUGGCGAUUUGUCCUUAUCGGUCGCUUGAUCGAUGGCUUUUACCUCCGAUCCCGAGCGUCAAUACCGAUUCGAAUUUUACAGGGUUUGCGAGGAGGGGAGGGCCGACAUCCUCGGGAGAAGAGGACACCCUCAGCGACGAUGGGGACGAUCGAAGUGUGGACUUUGAGAUGGGUUCCCCUUCUCGUUCGCGGAUUUCAGAUCCUUCGCAUUCGGUCGAAGCGGAUCUCAACCCCUUCAUCGCCACCAUGACCGCCAACCUCUCUUCGAUCCGAAGUCACCUGAACGAAUCCGAUAGCGUACUCGCCAUCGUCGAUGCACUAGUCCGUUCAGUCCGACACUAUCGAGCGACGAUCCCGAAUUUCGAUGCGUGUCUCGCCGAACGAAGGAACGUUUUGUUUUUUGUGGAGAAUCUGGCGGAUGCUUUGGCGUUGGACGAUCCGGAGGAAGUAGGGGUCAAGAUGCAGCAGCAACCUUUCGUGCCUGUUCCUACACCGAUAGUGGUCAAGCCGACGAUGGGGAGGACCAGCUCAUUCAUGGAAGCCUUGGGGUUCUCUACACCUUCUAAACCCAAAUCAACUCGAUCUGAACAGCUUCGAGCUCAAGAAACCUCAUCCACGCCCCCUACGCAGCGAGAGGAGUUGAGCUCGACACCCUCGCGUAACGGUAGUACGACGACGGCGACGACGACGACGGGGCAGGAGACGGCUUCAAGUCCUUUCGUUGCACAUUAUCGACAAACGGGAUCGAUUACCGUUGAACCUAUCAUAGUUUCGACACCGAGGACCAAAAGGGUCACUUCGACCUCCCCCAUCUUGACGAGAAGUUCGACGAGGUUCGCUUCUUCGACUGACGAAGACGAGGAUGAAUCUGGCCUAGAAGGGGACGACGACCCUUCCUCUAUCGACGUCUCACCGACCAAACGCAUUUCCCCUCUCCCUCGAUCCCCUUCCACAAGUACGGGCAAGAACGACGACACCCCCUCCAGUACAUUCUCCACCACCACCAACACAGCACCAGCACCCCGACCGGUCCCGAACGUCUCCCUUUCGACGAUCUUGGACAACGUCAUCGUGCUGGAGGAGUUCAUCAAGGAGUUGGCCGGGGUGGUCGGUGUGAGGAGGAGUUUGGGCGUCGAUGGCGCGACGUUCUUGACUUAA